CGGAUAACAUAGAUAGAACACUCGCCUUCCCCCACCCGAAAUUAAGUUUUAGUUCUUGGCCCACGCGCUUGGAACCGCUGCAAGUCAUUUGUUUACGUUUGGUUUGCUCUUGCAAUAUUAUUUUAACCUAGAAGCUGAAAAUGGACGUUUGUCAUUGAAGUUGUUCAACUAAGUACAAUUCUCGUACGCCGUAGAAAUUCAUUUGAAGAAAAAAAUAUACUUCCAAAUUUCGAGAAUGCCUAGACUAAAGAAAUGUUGUGUACAAGGAUGUACCGAUGAGACAAGUACAAGAAAUCAUUUCCCUCAGAGUAAUUUGGAUUAAUUCAAUAACUGGCUCCAAAUGAUCCAACCAAGAUAUUGGCAACAAUUCAGUAGGCAUCGAAUUUAUGAAGGUUAUUUUGUGUGCCAUUCACAUUUUGAUAAAAAAUAUCAUCUUCCAGGAAGCCAUCGUGGUCUUACUUGCAAUGCCAUACCUACAAUCAGUAUUCCAGGUACUGUAUGCACUGAUUGAUUCUCUCAAUGUAUCAAAGAUUCGAAAUACACAGGGUAAGUUUUUGAAGGAACCAAUAACCACAAAAUCGGAACAUGAAAUAUUUUGGAAAAAAUCAAUAAAAAUUUUUGAAAACAUGUAUUUCUAUGAUGAAAAAAAACAAAAAAAUGUGGUGGUACCUACCAUAAAAAAUUUUAUUUGGACUUUAAAAGCUUUCGUUUACCUUAAGAGGAGGUUGUUAACUGAAAAAAAUUUCAAGUAUAUCUUGACUGGUGCUUUCAAUCAAGAUUGCCUUGAAAAUUUUUUCAGUUAUAUCCGAGGGCAUGGUGUAAGGAACACUAAUCCAAAUAUUGGCCAGUUUAUGUCCUCUUUCAAAUGCCUUACUUUGAAUAACUUCAUGUCCUCCCAUUCUGUAGGUUCCAACUGUGAAGAGGAUUUAACAUCACAUUGUUUGGAUAAUCUAAAAUCAUUUGUUUUAUCAAAAUUUCCUUUACCUCAAAAUGUUGUGCUUGAAGAUUUAAAUAUAGUUAUUCCGAAAUUAAUAGUCCUUGAACAAAAAUCAAAAUUUAGUAGAUGUACUUUAGUUUAUAUGUGUGGAUUCAUUUGUAAAAUUUUAUUUAAAGAUAAAUUGAUCAAACAAUGUGAUAAGUGUAAAAAAAAUUUAACCUUUAACAGUGAAGAAUUGGGGGACAUGGAUUUUAUUCAGGUAAGGCAGUAUAAACACGGAAAGUUGACAAAACCUGGGCAAUGUGUAUCAUUUUUAUUUCGGCAUUCUCUAAAUUACCUUUUCUAUAUUAUUCCGCGAAUUUGUGAAAAAAAAAACAUUUCCCUCUAUUUAAAAUCGUUUCUAAUGAAAUAUUUGGACUUCAAAAUUUUAAAUUGUAAUGAACAUAUGUUGGGGGAAAAAGUAUGUGAGACAAUAAUAAGGUGUUCCUUGCACUGGUGGUGCAAGCAGGUAAACGAAAUUAUGAGUGGUACCAACACAAAAUUUUCCAAGUUCCUUCUAACUUCCCCUAGUGAAGAAUUUAUUGAUCCUAUAAAAAUAGGGGCAAAAAGGAUCUUUGAUACAAAGAGAAAAAAGAAAUGAUUUAUUUAUUCAAUUUUAUAUUUAUUUAUUUAUUUAUAUAUUUAUUCAUUCAUUUAUUCAUAUAUUUAUUUAUUCAAAUUAAUUUAUUCAUGUUAUUCAUUUUUGUUGAA